GUCAGGCGCGCGCGCCGCUACGCCUCAGUCGGCUACGAUCUUUUAUAAGCGCAAUAUUUGUGCGCGCGCGGAAAAAUCGAAUUAUAAUCUCACUCGAGAUAUAUUCGAAUUUCAAAAUAACAUCACAGAACUUUGAUGAAGAAGAAGUGGAGUUUUGGAUACAAGAGUACCAGAAACUUUAAUUUAAGAAAUGGAGUUAUUUUAUCGAUUUGUACCUUGGAUGUUUCUGUUUACAUCAAUAGCUGCUGAAUAUAUUGUGUACGACUUCGGCCAUUACACAAACCAUACUGUGAACUACACCAGUGAAGUAGACAAUGAGACGACGACUGUGAUUUGUGCGCGGGACCACUUGUACGACGGUCUGGACAUUAGGAAAGUGCUGGGCAAGUGGUACGCGAGGGAGCUGUACUUGCACCUUAGCAAGGAAGGAGUGAACGAGUUCAACAGCUGUCCUCAAGUCACCAUCUGGCAAGAAGAAAAGUUCCCUACCACCACGUUUGGGCCUUCAACGGAGAACCAGCUGUUCCACGUGCAGCACAUCAACGCGAAGUUCCGUCACGAGUACAGGCACUUGAGGCUGCUGUGGGACGAGGCUGGCCAGACCAUUGAGUACUCACUCUACUUCAAGAACGACUCCGCUGGCUACUGGCAGGUGUUCAACGGACAGAACGGAACAUUGACGGCUCGGCCCACGUAUCAACAGUUCAGUGGCACUAUACAAGUGCUGAAGGCAGUUAACGAUCAUCUCCUAUUGAACUUCUGUCAAGAUCAAGUUAAUGGCAAGUCUGCGCAGCUGUACUCCGUGCUGUUCUCCCGCGAGCCUGGCUUCAUGGAGCGCUGGGAGCUGGACUCCGUUCACUCACUCUUACAGAACAAAAAACUCUCCGUGGCCUCUAGAAGAUUGGUCUGCGGAAACAGUGCUACCAAACCUAUUUUUAGUAUAGCUUCCUCCAUCAUUUUCGUAAUAUUUACUUUCGUUAUAAAGUCCUAUUAAAAUCCGUGUUAUCUAGGGAUGAUUUAAUUUCUAUGCAAAAAUUAAUUUAAUCUGACAAAAUGACGUCACCGGCUGUCUGUUUCUACGCCCAUACAGUAUCGUACAUAACUAUCGAAGAUGACAUAACGCUAGAUGAACUUGAAAGUAGAUUAGAUGCGCUGCGCAAAACGUGUCGCGGAAGUUUUGAGACAUUUAACAAUCCCUUGCUGUUAGCGUCCUUGUAUUACAAUUGUUCCGAGUGGUUUCAGACUUCACACAUUUAGCAUACUGUGGUAUACAUUUGAGACCGUCGUAAAAAUAUCAAGCACGUUAUUAAUGUUUAACUGCGCUUUGAAAUAUAAAGUUUAUGACGAACAAAAGCUACAAGACGUCUGCGUCGUGAAAUGUUGCAUUUGUGAUGGUAAAUGUGGCAUUGUGUUUGUCUGGGGCCCUCGACUUGCUUAUUGACUCUGCAAAAUAUUAAACCGGAUCCAUCUCGCGCGUCCUUGUCUGCACUUGAAAGACCAGAGAUUUUUGGGACGGUAAGUCCCCGACCGUAGCUUACAUAUAGUUCUAUAGCGUUUAUGUCGAUAUUAAAUAUCCGUCCUUAUAAUGUGAAAAUGAUUGAUGAACAAGAUGGAAUUUUUAAUUUGUUUACUGCAAAGUUUGAAGCCAAUGUUGGGGCAAAUCUAUAACUAGAUAUUUAUAGGUAGUUUACAUUCACGAAAAUCAAACAAGUUGAAUUGGAGGUUGAGGCAGCAAACACUACUUUAUGACUGGUAAUAAUAA